UCGUCUUUGUUUUGUUUACAUUUAAAUGGAGCAAGUUCACAAACAAACUCUAGUCUUGCACAAUAAAACGCAGAAUCUAGAUUGAUAAAAUGCAAUUGAAUGGAUACAAAAUCACAAAUGUGAAUCGCACGCGAAAGAUUGGUGUAGCAGCCAACUCGCUAAAAAUGCUACUGGAUAAGGCCUCUGUAAAAUUGAAUAUUCGAAAGCCAUUGCUGUAUGUGGCCAAGGACGGGGCAGCUGUGUUAGAUGAAGACUAUUUUAGCACGAUAGCACCACAAACAUUGUUCAUUGUCGCUACUCAGCAAGAUAAAGUGGAAACAGAUUUUGAGCUGUUCUACAAUGCGAUUCGGAAAAAUUUCAGUGUUAUCGAAACGGGCAAUUUAAUCAGAAAUUUUGUAAACGAAUAUCGAGACGAGGUGAAUAAGCAUUUGAGUGAAUGUCUUCGAAAAUCAUCGGAAAAUCUAAAAUUGAAAAGUACAAAGACUGAUCAUGUUGAAUGGUUCGAAGGACAACCGGUUGGAUUAGAUACGAAGGAAAAAGUAAUGUGUCGCCGAUCUCAAGAUCGAAUUCGAGGCUAUUUCUACAAAACAAAAGAUGAUCUCUGUCGAUCGGUAAUUUAUCGAACGAACAAAAGGGCACACAUUCUAAUUGAUAACAUUUUGGAGACGUUUCGCAAUUUAUUGACUGGUGUGGACUACUUUUCAUCGUAUUUCGAUCGUAGCCAUUCGAACAAACAUCAACUGAUUAAGAGAAAAUGUGUCCAUGAUCAAUUGGACGGUGAGGUGCCAAGAAAGAAACUGAAGCAGAACAUCAGAAACAUGCUAGAAAAACACGAAAUUAUUGAUCAAUUUUGUGUGUCUCUGUGCACCGACGAAGGGGAUUUCCUGUGCCACGGACUAUGGAACUCGGACGAGUGUAACUACGGAAAUCACAUAAUCAAUCCGUACGAAAGUCGAGAGAAUGCCAUUUUAUUCCAGAUCUGGAAUUUGGAUCAUCGUAUCGAAAUAUCUCGGUCGAUUUUGCCAUCAAUGUUGGAUUCUAUUACGGAUUUGGUUGAUGGCAAAUUGAAAUGCUCGAAACACAAACGAAUCUGUGUGAACAUUUCGGUGUUGAAAUAUUUUCUGGAAAUUUUUACAGUUGAAAAUUUGAAAUUCGUUCACAUUGUCUGCCAUGAUAAGGGCGUACAUGAGCUGGAAUCAAGUGGUGGCGGGAUAUGUACGAAAUGUGACGAAUAUAAAUUUAUUGAGAAAUUACUGGCAUCGUCCAAUCGACAAAAGCAGUCAGAAAAGUAGAGGAGGAAUGAGCAACUUUCGUUUGUAGUUUCUUCAUUUUGUAAUUUAUUAUCUUUUUAACCUGUUACGCCUGUUACAGACGGCAAGCAUAUGACCAGCAUUAUUAUC